UUAACGAGUCAUUUCUCCAGCCCUAUUUUAUUUGCUUUUUUAUUUUUCUUUUAAAAUCGUUUUUUCCCCAUUUUUAUGUGUAUAGGUGUUUAGCCUGACUUGCUCACAUCACAUGCAUGCAAUACCUGUGGAGGCCAGCAGAGGGUGUUGGAUACCCUGGAACUGGAGUUACAGGCAGCUGUGAGCCACCAUUGUGGUUGCUGGCAAUUGAACCCAGGUCCUCUGCCAGUGCAGCCAGUGCUCUUAGCCGCUGAGCCAUCUCUCCAGCCCCGCUUUACUUACAUUUUAAAAAUAAUUAUUUUGUAAAAGAUUUAUUUAUUUUUCUUUUUUUAAAGAUUUAUUUAUUUAUUAUAUAUAUAUGAGUACACUGUCAUUCUCUUCAGACCAGAAGAGAGCAUCAGAUCCCAUCACAGAUGGUUGUGAGCCACUAUGUAGUUGCUGAGAUUUGAACUCAGGACCUCUGGAAGAGCAGUCAGUGCUCUUAACUGCUCAGCCAUCUCUCCAGCCCCUAUUUUACUUAUUUUUGAGACAAAGUCUCACUAUGUAUGUGAUCCUUCUGCCUCUGCCUCCUGAGUUCUGGGAUGACACACGUUUUCAAAUGAAGCCAGUGUGCCUAGUGGUGUUGUCUUAGACUGUUUUGGAUUUCUUUGGCUGGUGUCAUCUUUCAAGGCAGAUCUCCAAGGCAGGCCUCUUCUGAGCUGUGCAGCACCAUUUCUGCCCUGGACUUCCAUGUACUGUGUCCAUGCCCAUGUCUGUUUUGAGUGAUUAUAACAGAACACCAGAGAAUCGGUAACCCUAUAAAGAAAUAGGGUUUGGUUUUAACUCACAGUUUGUGUUGAAAGCUAGGGACCACAUCUGAUGUUACCCUUCUGACCUUGUGUUGAGAGGAGGGUGAUGUGUGUGUGGUGCUUGGGCUUUUUAGUAUGUAUGUGUGUAUGUGUGUAUAUGUAUGUACGUGUGUGCACUUGUGUGUCUGUAUGUGUAUGCGAAUAUGUGUGUGUGCAUGUGUGUAUAUGUGUGUAAUAUGUGCAUGUGUACAUGUAUGUGUGAUUGUAUGUAUGUGUGUAUAUGUAUGUGAUGUGUGUAUUUGUGUGUAUAUGUAUGUGUGUAAUAUGUGCAUGUAUAUAUGUAUGUAUGAGUGUAUUAUGUAUGUGUGUGUGUGCAUGUAUAUGUAUGUGUGUGCAUGUGUAUGUAUACAUGUGUGUAUGUAUGUGUGUGCAUGUGUGUAUGUAUGUAUGUGUGUGUAGUGCAUGCAUUUGUGUGUGUGUAGGCCAGACAUCAGCACUGUGUGCCCUUUAUUACAACACAUUUAUUUAUUUUUUUGCUUGCUUUAUUUGUUUUUUUGUUUUGUUUUGUUUUGUUGUUGUUCUUUAAGAUAGUGUUUCUCUGUGUAACAGCCCUGGCUGUCCUAGAAAUUGCUCACUCUGUAGACCAGGCUGGCUCAAAGGUCCACCUGCCUCUCCCGAGUGCUGGGAUUGAAGGUGUGUACCACCACCACACAGAUUAUUUGUGUAUUUUUGAGGCAGAGUCUCUCCUUGAACCUGACGUGUAUUAAUUCGUCUAGGCUGAUCUGCCUGUCUUUGCUCACUUAGUGCUGAGAUUAUCAGCACAUGCCGCUAUGUCUGGCCUUUUUUUUUUUUUAAAGAUUUAUUUAUUUAUUAUAUGUAAGUACACUGUAGCUAUCUUCAGACACUCCAGAAGAGGGCUCCAGAUCUCGUUACGGAUGGUUGUGAGCCACCAUGUGGUUGCUGGGAUUUGAACUCAGGACCUCUGGAAGAGCAGUCAGUGCUCUUAACCACUGAGCCAUCUCUCCAGCCCCCCAUGUCUGGCUUUUUGUGCAGGCUUUGGGUAUACAAACCGUGGUCUUUAGGCUCUGGCCUUACAAAGGACUCAGUCACCGUGAUAAUUUAACCCAAUUCUGCUCACUUCCCAGGCCCUACCUCUGAGCUUUGGAUUGUAUUUCCAGUGUCCUAAUCCCCACUUUGAGUAAUGGAGAUUAAAUUUCAACCCUUAGGGGACACUUCAACCACACCCACAUUUGAGUACCCCAGGAAACUCAGCACUAUUUAGCCAUCUGAUUCUUGGUCCCUAUGAUGGUGCGGGUACGUGCCAGGGCACGCAUGUGAUGUAGAAGACAACAUUUCUUUUGUUUUUUAUGGUCUCUCUACAUAGCCCUGGCUGCCCUAGAACUCACUCUGUAGACCAGUAAGACUGGGAACUCACAGAGAUCCACCUGCCUCUGCCUGCUGAGCGCUGGGAUUGAAGGUGUGGACCACCAUGCCAAGUAGAGGAUGGCGUUGUGUUGUUCUCCUCCACCUUGUGUGCAUUGCAAACGUGCCCUCAGGCUGGCACACAGACGCUUGCAUCUGGGAGUCCUCUCACCUGCCCCUGAAUCACACUGCACACUAGCAGUAAGCAUAAAGAACACAUAAAAGAAAUAGUUCUCGGGCUGGAAAGGACUGCUCUUCUAGAGGUCCUGAGUUCAAUUCCCAGCAACCACAUGGUGGCUCACAACCAUCUGUAAUGGGAUCUGGUACCCUCUUCUGGUGUCUCUGAAGAGAGCUAUACAGUGUAUUCAUAUACAUAAAAUAAAUAAAUACACCUUUUUUUAAAAAGGAAAGAAAGAAAUAGUUAUCUCUUCUUCGGGUCAGAAAGAUGCUAGGAAGACCCCUGUGGGAGACCAUUUCAUCUAGAAGGUUCUGGGCUGUUUAUUUAUGUUACUUAAAAAAUUAUAUUAACUUACUAAAAAUUACAUUUACUUAUAAUCAUGUGUGUGAGAAUGUGUGUCUGCGUGCGUGCUUGCGUGCGUGUGUGUGAAGCUAUGGUGCUUCUGUCAGGGUCAGAGGACAACUUCCAGGAAUUACUUCUCUUCUUUUACCAUGCGGGACCCAAGAUCAAACUCAGGUCUUCAGGCUUGGCCGCAAGCGCCUGUGCUCGCCGAGCUGACAUGUUGGCCUAUGGGUAGAUUUUUGUUGUUGUUGUGUAGACCUGUCGUAUGCAGCCCAGGCUGUUCUUAGCAUCUCUGUGUAGUCAAGGAUGAUUUAAACCUCCUUCUCCUCCUGCCUCCCUUUUCUGAGCAGUGGGGUGACAAGUGUGUAUCGCCCUGGCUGGUUUUGUUUGUUUGCUCGUUUGUUUUAGAAAUCUGAGGCAGGGUCUCACUGUAUAUCCCGUGUGCCUCUCAGGCUGGGCUUAAACUCAGUCUUCCUACCUCGGUCUCAUCUUCCCCAGUGCUAUGAUUACAGGUGUAUGCCACCUGGGCCUUGAGGGUGUUGUCAGGAGAGCGGGGUCUCGGGGAUGGAGGGGUCUUUAGAAAUAGGAAGAGGUUGGAAGGAAGGUGUUGGGGGGAGGGGGAGGAGGAGGAGGAGAGAGCUGCCAGGGAGGAUCUUAGCAUCCCAUGUAACCGAUGAUUGAAGGUACCAGACCUCUGAUGCCCUCUCAGGACAGGGGUUCGGUCUGUUGGGGCCCAUUCCUCCUGCCCAGAGGAGAGCCUUCUAUGCAGUGGAUGCCGGUAAAGCUUUUCAGGCCGAAUGAGUAAACACAGCUGAGUAAAUCACAUGCCCAGAAAUGAGGCCUCCAUGACCCCUUCUCUGUAGGUAUUCACCACUGAUGCCCAGGACUUCAUACACAGCUCAGCAACCACCCUGGUCCUCUGCCUCUGCUCCGCUCUGUCCUUGCCCUAGCUCUUCUGGCUUGGGGUGCCCUGCCUGCUCUCCCCAUAGAAACACUGCUGGCCUUCCCAUCCCAUCCCUUUUCCACCAGUAGGUAUGUGGGGAGAGAGAGGCGGGGCUUCUGCGUGCUUGGCAAGGGUAGUCACAGCCUGUCCUCUGGUUUGUUUAUAAUCAGUUUGGGGACAGCACCUGUUCUGCCCCUGUAGUCCCUGAGGGAUGUGCAGUGGCCAUGAGGUGACAUCCUAUACUGUCCACCCCACUGUCACUCACCCAGGCCGAGCUCUUGCCAGGUGUGUUCAGCCAGCCCACAGGGCAGUGCUGGCCGGCUCAGCCCUGGGCUGACUGGAGCCUUAGCAGCUGGCUGGCACAGCCUCUGUGUUCUUGAGAGGAGGACAGAGCUUGGGACUUAGAGAUCUAGCCGCAGCCGAGCUGCCUGCCCAUGGCCUUCGGGACAGUGACGGGUACCAGAUGUUUACUUGGCAGCCAACCUUGUGCUGUCCAAGUAGGUGGUUAGGAAUGGAAACUUCUGGAAGUCUCGGCAGAGAUCAGAGAAAGGCAGGCAGCCAGCUGAGAGAAUGAGAGAGGUGAAUGGGGCCUCUCGGCUCUUGGGGAGCCCGAACCAACAGCUGCCAUGGCGUCACGCAUCGGGCUGCGCAUGCAGCUCAUGCGGGAGCAGGCCCAGCAGGAGGAGCAGCGAGAGCGCAUGCAGCAGCAGGCUGUCAUGCAUUAUAUGCAACAGCAGCAGCAGCAGCAGCAGCAGCUGGGUGGGCCCCCCACCCCAGCCAUCAACACCCCUGUCCACUUCCAGUCGCCCCCGCCUGUGCCCGGGGAGGUGCUGAAGGUGCAGUCCUACCUGGAGAACCCCACCUCCUACCACCUGCAACAGUCCCAGCAUCAGAAGGUUCGGGAGUAUCUGUCUGAGACCUAUGGGAACAAGUUUGCUGCCCACGUGAGCCCAGCCCAAGGUUCCCCGAAGCCUGCCCCAGCAGCAUCCCCAGGGGUGCGGGCUGGACACGUACUGUCCACCUCGGCCGGCAACAGUGCUCCCAACAGUCCCAUGGCCAUGCUACAUAUCAGCUCCAACCCCGAGAAAGAGUUUGAUGAUGUCAUUGACAACAUUAUGCGCCUGGACAGCGUGCUGGGCUACAUCAACCCUGAGAUGCAGAUGCCUAACACGCUGCCCCUGUCUAGCAGCCACCUGAACGUGUACAGCGGUGACCCCCAGGUCACAGCCUCCAUGGUGGGUGUCACCAGCAGCUCCUGCCCUGCCGACCUGACUCAGAAGCGAGAGCUAACAGAUGCUGAGAGCAGAGCCCUGGCCAAGGAGCGGCAGAAGAAAGACAAUCACAACCUAAUUGAGAGAAGACGCAGGUUCAACAUCAAUGACCGGAUCAAGGAGCUGGGAAUGCUGAUCCCCAAGGCCAACGACCUGGACGUGCGCUGGAACAAAGGCACCAUCCUCAAGGCCUCUGUGGAUUACAUCCGGAGGAUGCAGAAGGACCUGCAGAAGUCCCGGGAGCUGGAGAACCACUCCCGGCGCCUGGAGAUGACUAACAAGCAGCUCUGGCUCCGCAUCCAGGAGCUGGAGAUGCAGGCACGCGUGCACGGCCUCCCCACCACCUCGCCGUCGGGUGUGAAUAUGGCCGAGCUGGCCCAGCAGGUGGUGAAGCAAGAGUUGCCCAGUGAGGAUGGCCCAGGGGAGGCGCUGAUGCUGGGGCCUGAGGUCCCUGAGCCUGAGCAAAUGCCGGCUCUUCCUCCCCAGGCUCCGCUGCCCUCGGCCGCCCAGCCACAGUCUCCGUUCCAUCACCUGGACUUCAGCCAUGGCCUGAGCUUUGGGGGUGGGGGCGACGAGGGGCCCACAGGUUACCCCGAUACCCUGGGGACAGAGCACGGCUCCCCAUUCCCCAACCUGUCCAAGAAGGAUCUGGACUUAAUGCUCCUAGAUGACUCCCUGCUCCCCCUGGCCUCUGACCCCCUCUUUUCUACCAUGUCUCCUGAGGCCUCCAAGGCCAGCAGCCGCCGGAGCAGCUUCAGCAUGGAGGAGGGUGAUGUUCUGUGACGCUGGCUGCCCCUGUGCCAAGGAGCAGGGGAUGCCUGGAGGCUGGGAGGACCGAGCAGAGCCCUCCCAUCCUUCAGGCUGCACUUGGUGUGAAGUAGCCGCCUACCCUGCCUCUCUCCUUCCCCUUGGCUGCUACCCCCACCCUGUUUGGACUUAGUGCCUGCCUGGCAGCUGAUGGGGCUGGAGGAGCCCUCCCCCUCGGCUUCGGGCCCCCUCCUCUGGCGGCAGUACUAUGACUAUGAUGGGGAAGAACAGGGGUGAGGCAGAAGAGAAAUAAGAAGAAAUCCUGCUAGGGGAGCCCCUCUCCUGAGCCUGGGCUCUCCUGUGGAGGACAUUUUGGAGAAGGAGGUACAAGUACCUCUGAGGCAGCAGCUGGUCUGGGGGUGCCCGGGCCUGCCUUCCUGGGACUAGAUGGCACCCAGCCUGUCGCCCUCAGCCUGAACUCCCCCACAAGUGGGGCAUCCACCCCCAUUUGGUGCUAACAGCUCUCCCCUGGUGGUAUGAGGGUGGGGUGGCCAGAAGAGGAGUCUGGGUUCAGGGUGGCGAGCACCCCCACCCCCAGACCUCCCACUUUGUGCCUUUAGUAAACACUGUGCUUUGUA